GCUGGCUAUGUUUGUUCUUGUAUCUGUUCAUUAGGUUUCAUGGAAGUCAAUCAAUUACUAUAGCGACAAUUCAUCAUCUUCUUGCCAACCCAUUGACUCACAUUGGAGCAUUUGCUGAAGCUAAGCAAAAUGAGAGAAAAGCAUACAAUAUCUAUAGGACUAAAUUUGGCCCAGAUCAUGCACGUACUGUUCAGUCUUAUAAAAACAUGAGGUAUAUCACUGAAAAACAAGUCUCUUAUGAGCAGACAAUGCAGUGAUAGCCAUUACAGUUGAUGGUACAUUAAAGGUCUUCCAGUCCAUUCUCAUUGACUUCAGAGUCAUUUGCAGACUUCUCACUAGCUCUU